UCGCAAAGUGGCUACGUGUAGACAAGCCUUCGUUCCUUUUCACUCUCCUUCACACAAAGAUGAAAGCAUCAACGCUAUUCGUACUAUCACGGUGGCGUAAUAAGUAAGCUUUUAUGUACGCAGUGCUCGCGAUUUAGAUUAGAUAAGAACGAUGAAGACCAAGAGUUGAAAUUGUGGAUAAGCUUGAACAUUUUCGCACAAGCUCGGUUGGCCUCUCCUCACAAAUAAAAAGGAUGCCGAAGCGUUUCAACAGACAUUUCAGGCCUAAGCACCGGAUCCUUGGCUCACUAUUUAUAGGGUUUACGUUGACACUAUAUACCGUGAUAACAGUCCGGGAUGAGGGAUUUCUGUGGUGUCCGAAAUGUGAAGGGUGCUACAUAGACUUAUGGACGAGUCACCUGCUCUAUGACGACCAAGAAAUAAUAAACUACAUAAAAGAACAGGUCUUAGAUCCACCACAAGAACACCCACCCAAUCCUCCCAGGUCGGAGGACCUCUACAACACGACCUGGGAGGGCAUCGGAGACUGGAUUGUCGUUCAAACAAUAAUUAGGAGCAUUUUCGCACUACGGAAGAAUGGGUUGUUUGUUGAGGUUGGAGCUGGCGAUGGGGUUUUCCUGUCUCAUACAAGCUGGUUAGAGGUUGAACUGGGUUGGAAAGGACUGUUAAUAGAGCCCAGAAAUAAACCAUACAAGGAGCUGAGACUUAGAAGAAAAGCAGCAUCAGCUAUGGCCUGCGCAUCAGAUGAAUUUUUCAGUAAAAAGGAUGUGUUUUGGACUCCUAUCUUGGGUGAUGACAUUUCAUCGAGUUUGUACAAUAAAAUAUCUGAUGGUAAAUCCACGCUCCUUACCUAUGUUGCGCCAGAGGACCAUCAUCUCGGUACAACAACGAGCGUUCAGUGCUUUAGCCUGAGAGCUCUCAUUUUCGCUGCUGUCGAGAACACUGAUACGAUCGACUUUCUGGUCAUCCACACGAUGGGAGGGGAGGCCAAUAUUCUCGAAACGGUUCGCGAUUUCACUGUCUUGGUUCUACUCAUAAGAUACCACACAAGAAUCGACCUAGACGACAUCGACGGAUACGCGAAGACCAUGGACAUGAAACUCUACGAAGGACUAAAGGCCAUUCCUAACAGGUACAUCAUUUUCGUUAGUAAUAAAGUCCGGUUCGUCGCUGAAACCCCAUAAAGCAACAAGAAGACCAAAAUGAACACUAACCGGAGAUAUCGAAAAGACGUGAUAUGAAUAGGCCAGAGAGAGAGAGAGAGAGAGAGAGAGAGAGAGAGAGAGAGAGAGAAUGUUGAGAAUUACAUCAAUGUCAUCUACCCAGGGAUCGCUGAAGCUUUAUCAAGUUGUCUCGAUAUAUGAAAUCAAUAUGACACUAAUGGUGAGAAUUAACAUUAUAGAAUUUGAAUAUCUAGUACUAUAAGAGAGAGAGAGAGAGAGAGAGAGAGAGAGAGAGAGAGAGAGAGAGAGAGUUGACGGCUUAAUCCCUAGACAGUUAUAAUUAACUGAUGGCCUACCAAUCAAUUCAGUUGAGGCCGAGGCCUUGCAUUAAGUCGGGGGCCUCGAAAAUCCGAUACAGGCGCCGAAGUAUUGCCCUUUGUAGAUGUUCCAACAGGCAGCGCUGCAAUGUUACUUUGGAUUGUUGUUCCUUGUUCGGAUGACGCUGGUUAACAGGAUAUAUUAUUUCGGAUCUUUCUUAGAUAGUUCGGAAGUCGUUUAUCCAGGACUAAUAUUUCUCUGGGGUCAUUAUCUCUAUGAUAUUGGCAGACUUAUGUUCAUAUUUUUUAUGGUAAAAACCAUCGGGCUUCAACUGGAUAUGCGGCAAAGGUUGAAACCCUUUUGGGGGUCACUGUCUAGAAAGAUCCUUAUUUCUUUCUCUUAUGUGUGUGGAUGAUAAGUAUGGCUCCAAAACCACGUUACUCAGUAAUAGUUUGAGUCAUCUAUUGAAUUUUCAUUGAAUAUUUAGUGAUGCCUAUACAUACAGCUUCUUGGGAUAAUGUGACAUUCUAGAUUUCAGUAAUGGAUUUCUGAAUAUCAAUAGCUACGAUGUUAAUGCAAUA